UCGUUUGGAUCGCUUUUCUUGCCCGCGGCGAGCAAAGACGAUUUCCUUCGCCUAUAUAAUUUUAGAAUCUAUUUCUGGUUAUAAAUAUAAAGUACCUCCGUAUAUGUGCGCAUCCUAAACUGAAAAUUGCUAAAUAGUUACCAGAAAAAGUGGAGAAAACUCUACGUUUUAACCAAGGAGCAGAACCAACACAGAAUCCAAACAAUUUUUCCCAGUUCUCCAAGUGAUGUAACCUCGAGAAAUACGAAUCCUCUCCUACUCUCUUCUCUUAAGCGAUUUGCGUCGCAUUUUGUUUACUUCUUGUGCGAAACCAAAACAGAGAAAUGUCGAAAAAGUGCAGUGUGCGAUCGCUGAGCGACAGUGCCCUGGCGGAAUUGGCCAACUUGUUGGUCUCCACCAUUAGUUACGCCCAAUAUGCCCCGGACGUGCAUCUGGAUAUCAACAUCGUGAUGGUGGAGCUGAACGAAUAUCUGGCCCACUUGGGAGCCACCCCGAAUAUAUACCAGGAUCUGCUGAGGGUAAUCCUCAGCUCGGAUUACCUGGACGCCAACAUGCGGUUCACCUGCUUGCAGAUGCUGCUCAACUGUGGGGUCACUUUUCUGAUGACCGAGGUGUUCCCCUUUAGUUACUACGAGAAGAUUCUACAGGUGAUUGCAGCCCAAGGAGCAGGACUGCGGGUGCUGAACAUCAAGGGAAUCUGGGUGAAGGAGGAGCACAUGCACUACAUGUACGACAUCGUGAAGCGUUGCAAGCAGCUGGUCAAGCUGUAUGUGCCCUAUAUAGCCAACGAUCGGUUGCUGGAGGAGAUCGGGAAGUGCUGCACUCGCCUGCAGAUCCUAGACAUUUCCGGCGAGACUGACAUCACCGAGAUUGGCAUCGAUUUCCUGGCCAAGGGCGUGUGCUCACAAUCACUGACUGUGGUGGAUGUGGGAAUGCCCGGCGAGGAGAACAUCUGCUACUCGGACAUUGCCUUGAUUCUGGAGCACUGUCCCCAAGUGGAGACCCUAUCCACUUACUCCUUUGUCGGAGCCUCCCUAAAGUUUAUCCAUGACAAUAUUGACGAUCGGUUCAAGUGCCGCUUGAAAUAUAUCCACGAUACGAGCACAGAUGAGGCCACCUUGCAAGUGAUCAUGCAAACUUGUCCGAGACUGGAAAACCUCUAUCUGGACUCCCCGAAGACUGGAAGCCUCCGGGCUCUUCACACGCGUAAUUUGAGGAAGCUGAAAAUCUACAAGUUCGUGGUGGCCGAGCUACUUCCUCUGCUGGAACGACCAAUUGGCAGAAACCUUCGUCAUCUCACGAUGAUCAAGGGCUUGGGCAACCUCGAGCUGGGAAAGCUGGCUCGCCUUUGUCCUUCGCUGAUCGAUCUUGACUGCUAUAUGAUCGAUAGUCUGUCCUACGGCCAAGGACACGCCAAGUUUCAGCAGCUGGAGGGCCUGGAGAUCCUGAGCAGCUCUAUCUUGACUAGUUCACUGAAGGCCUUCCUCUGCAACUCCACGGAUCUCAAGCGGUUGGCCGUGGAUACAGUAGAGUUUACGGACGAGGAUCUAAUAAGUAUGUUCAUGCAGCAUAACUUUAGCGUUCUGGAGGAUGUUUGGUUUACUUUGGCGCCAGAGCUCACAGUACAGUCUGUGGAGUUACUAAUGGACUGCUGCCCUGAACUGCAGUCCGUGGGUCAAUUAACCGGCUGGUCCUUGACACCUGAUGAUUUGGCUCUGAUCCGGGGACUUCUAAAAAGCGGCAAUUCGAGCAUUGUACUGACACCAAACGGUUUUCUAGCUUGACGCCUUCAAUAGCUCUGACGCUGCUGUCCCUUCCCAGUCAAGACGAGAUAACUUUGUUGUGAACAUAUCAAGUGUUGUGUAUUCUUAUUUGCUUGUGAUAUUAUAAAAAUAAAGCUGUUUAAACUUAAAUUUCAA